AUGUCGUUCUACGAGAGAGUUCAAGUGAUUUUUCAAGUUUUUGGGAUGUGCCCGACUUCGUUGAAGCGAAAUUCGGUCGAUCAGGGGGCUUCGAUGAUUUUUUGGACACUUGGGCAACUCGGAUUUGUUGGAAUUUUGUGUUUUGUUGCGUCAAAAAACCCGCGAGACUUUCAAAAAGCGAGUCCCGUUAACGCAACGACGAGCAUUUUGAAGGAAAUUUUAGUUUUUGGCGUUCAUUUUUCCGUAAUUCUUCAAUCGUUGCAGAAUCGACGUCAAAUCCGCAAGUUUUGGAACGAAAUCGCACACAUUGGCACCAAAACCCCCACAAACUGGAAGCAAAUAUUGAUGUUCAUCGUUUAUUCUCUCUUUGCCAUUGUCAUUCAUGCCGUCAUCUUGCAUUCCUUUGCACGCGACCCCGCAUUGCUGUGGCAUUGGCUCUGCACCGUUUUCGCACAACUCGUCUCAAGUGCGCACCACUUGCAAUUUUUGUGCUUUUUGGAGACAAUUUACGCCCAUUGCGACGUAAUUGCGGCCGAAAUGGGCAAAAUUUGCGAACAAACUCGAUAUAAUCGAAGUGUGUGCGAUAAAGCAAUUACAGCGGUAACCACAGUAGUUUUGCACCAAAAGUUUGCACGAGUUCGAAAAGUUUACCAUCGAUUAUGGCGUACGCGCGGCUUUGUGAACCGAAUUUUUGGCUUUGGCAUCAUGGUGAAUAUCAGUUACAUGUUUGUGUCGAUGAUUGCGGAUUUGUAUUGGAUUUACGUAUCGAUCUACAAUAGCACCUUUAUUUACAUCGUCGAUUUGCUCCUUUCCAUUGUCGUUUCAAUAUUUUAUCCGUAUUUGUCCAUCAAGAGUUCCAAUAAGUGUUUGACGAAAAUUGCCGAGUUGAAUUUUAUGGUCAAUAAUGUGAAACGGGAGAGCAGCAAGGAAUUGAACGAAGAGGUCACGAGAAUGUCCCUCAAAAUGUUCCAUCCAUUCACUUUUACGGCAAACGAUUACUUCAAAAUUAAUUUUGGCUUGAUGUUACAAAUUUUUGCUGGACUUUUGACGCACUUGAUAAUCAUCAUACAAUUUAUGCCCGCAGCCAACACUGAUUCAUCCAACCAAUGGAAUCAAUGGGGAGGCAAAACUGAAUAA